AUGUUCAGAAAGAAGUUCCUCUACAUCCCCUUCACAAUCCUCCUCAUCACCGCCACCGUCCAACUCGCCCUCGUCUCUCGCAUGGUCGCUUUUCUGCACAUCCAAAAGACUGAGAUUGGCACGUACCACAUCCUCUCCAACAUCACCACCACCGACACUGCUCAAACGGGGGGAGAUUUCCAUCUCCACGUCCUCCCUGAAAAACUCUCCCUGAAUCAGGGGCAUGUCACCAACGGCGCAGCUGGGUAUGGCGUGGUAAUCAGUAUUGCGUCCUUGGUGGCGUGUGUAUUUCUCAGGAGAGAUACAUAUCAACAGCGCCAUAAAUCCAUCCUCCUAACCCUCACCAUCGCCGUCUCCCUCCUCGUCCUCUUCAAUCUCGCGGCCCUCGUCUACGUCUUUGCCGUCACAUAUCUCACCAUCGAAAACAAAAUCAACAUCGGCAUCGCGCGUGCCGCCGCCUCCGCUGGACCUGGUGUUGGGUACAGUAUCGACAGCUGGACGCCCGAAACAUGGUAUCAAGCCCUGCUACUAUUGCCGCUUGAGUCGAGUACACAUUCGACCCUGUCCGCCGCGGCUCAGGAGAUGGUUGCUUGGAGGGUGUGGAUUAUUUUGUAUCAGAUUGUUGGAGCGGUGGUUGUGGGGUGGAUGGGGAUGGCGUAUUUGAGGGAGUGGAAGAGAGUUUGUGGGUGUGGGUGUGGGUUUGCGUCUGGGACUGGCUCUGGUUCUGGCCGUGUUGCUUCGGAGGAGGCUGUGACGUAUAGGAUCGGGUAUGCUGAGGGAGGUAGGAAGUAG